AUGACGCGAGGGACUGGAACGGCGCGGUGCAGCAAUGCUGCUCUCAGACCGCUGCGCCCGUGGGUCAGGCAGAGAGAUUCCCUGGAGGAAGGACUUUGGGAGCAUCACAAAUUCUUUCUGCCUAACCAAGGGAGAUGUAGCAAACUGCGGAAAGCUAUUGCUCCCACAUCAAGAAAGCUCCAACUGCCCCAGAAGGAGCACUUGCACCGGCAUCUCACAGGGGGCCGACAAAGUCUCUUCCUCCCACCCAGCUCCGCUCUUCUGUUUAUCCUUUCGGAUGCUCCUCAGAAGUCCAAGACAGCGCAUCUAAGGAGUGGCGGCACAGUGGCAGAGUUUAUCCUCGUUAACUCUGAGCAGAGCUCUCCUUCCACUCAGGCAUCGCUCUUUGCCCUCUUCCUAGCCCUCUACAGCCUUGCCAUGGCCAAGAAUGGCCUCAUCAUCCUCAUCACCUGGACAGACGCCAGGCUCAACGGCCCCAUGUACUUCUUCCUUGGCCACCUGUCCUUCCUGGACGUCUGCUUCAUCACCACCACCACCAUCCCACAGAGGCUGAUCCACCUGGUGGUCGGGAACCACACUCUCUCCUUUGCCUCCUGCUUGACCCAGAUGUAUCUGGCUUUCAGGGUAGGUGUGGCCGGGUGCAUCCUCUUGGCUUUUAUGGCCUAUGCCUAUGUUGCGGUCUGCCACCCCCUGAGCUAUGCCCAGAUCAUGAGCCGGCAGGUCUGUGUGAAGCUGGUGAGUACUGCCCGGUUAUUUGGGCUGACCAAUGGCAUCUUGCUUGAUCACAUGACAUUUCGUGGUCCAUUCUGUAAAGACAAACACAUAGGAAACUUCUGUGAGGCCCCCAGAGUGAUUGCUCUCUCCUGUCGGGGCCCCCAGCUCAGCCUGAGAACGAUCUUUGCCCUCCCGGCCCCCGUCCUCGGAAGAGCCUCCUCCUCAGGUCUGUAAAAGACCUUCUCUACCUGUGCCUCCCAUCUGACUGUGGUCAUCUUCUUGUACACCUCAGCCAUGUUGUCCUACAUGAAUCCCCGCAGCACACACGGCCCUGACAAAGACAAGCCUUUCUGCCCCCUCUCCACCAUCAUCACGCCCAUGUGCAACCCUGUCAUCUACAGCUUUCGGAAGGAAAUGAAGGGGGCCGUGGUGAGGGCCCUUGGGAGGACCAGCUAGAAUCAGGCAGAUUCUGUGUAGUGGGAGGACUCCUGGAGGGAAGCUGCCUCCCCUGGCUUGGUCAUCCCCUAGACCUUACAAGUGGGAAACUCACUAAUUGAUAAGCUUCGGAAAAGAGUAUUACUGGCUUCAUUUCUACCAGCAUCAGUCCUGGAAGAUCCUAUUGAGGUUUAAUUCUCAUCUAUGUGACUUCGCUUCCAGCACAGACUGAGCCUCCCAAUCUUCCCUUACUAACACAUUUUCAUGAUUGGAGCGGCGAGUGUAAUGAAAUGAAGAAGUUUCUCUAAAACUUAGGGAAAGGCAGUAUGCUCCUCAAAGGGAAAGACAGCGAAGAAGAUGACCAGCCCAUUCUUUGCAGAGCAUUUUUUUCCAGGGCAUAGUCAAUUACUAGGAACCCUGGCUUUGAAAAAGGAGCA